AUGUCGUCCCGUAGCUCUCAGCCACGUGCCACAUCUUUCGAGGCCUGUAACACGUUCUUCAACAUUACUGAGCUUGUCGAAAUCUUUCUGAACCAAUGCUCCACCAGCGCACUACUCAACUGCUCCAUGGUCUGUCGGACUUGGAAGGAGGCUAUCAAGCGCUCCGCAUUACUCCAACAGCACCUCUUCCUAGAACCCGUCAAAGAGAAGGAAGGCGUCGAACGCGUGCUCAAUCCGAUGCUAGCAUACUUUGCACCAGUGCUAGUUGCGGGACCGACUACGGAACAUGUACCAUCACGAGCCAGCUUUGCACGCACAGAAGACCUUACCUCAUUGCCCUGGGCACGUAACACAUCUAUGCAUGCGCCUACGCGUCGCGCAUUUGCUCGGCGAGAAGCUUCGUGGCGCAAGAUGCUCGUCUCUCAACCGCCCAUAUCUCGCAUCGACUGGUGGCACGAGUGGGCUCACGAUCGAUCUGGGAUUGCCGGAUCUUGGUUUGCGCGUCGAAUCUUCAAUGGUAGCAGUGGCGGCUGGGGCCAUCAGGAUCAAAGUCGGGAAUUCGUUACUUUGGGCAUGCUAUGGGAUCUUGUCGAAAGCCGCAUGACGCGAGGGUGCAGCGCACGCAUACAAUUCUUCCUCGAAGGCCUAUCUGUGGAACAAGAUCCGGAUGCGCAUGAACAAGAGAGGCAAUGGAUCGCUCAGAACGACUGGAGUCGUCGCCCGUAUGGAAGCAAAACACCGAGAGUCAAGAUCACCACAGAACAAGUUUGGAAGAAGCUCCCGUGGGCUGGUGCAGGGUUCGACAUGGAGCGGCAAGAAUGGGUGACCAUGCCAAAACAACGACCAACUUACUAUGCCGGAGACGGCUUCAACACACUCUUACUAGACUGCCACUACGAUGGCAAAGGGCCAUCAAGGUGGUCUAGGAGCGAUGGGUUUCAGUGGAAGGCAUUGAAUGGUGAAAGUAGUGGGAGCUGA